AUGUACAAAAAGAAUAAACCCAGUGGUGCACUUAAUCACAAACAGCGACAAGAAAGAGAAGGUAAUAAACAAAAAUUGCCCAAAAUUGGCAAGUUUUUUAGUCAGCCCUCUGCAAGUACUUCUGGACAUAAUGUGGUGGCUGCAGUUUUGCAUGAGAAGCCUACUGAAGCUGACAAUUACUGCAGUUAUAGAUACCUCCGCCGCCGAUCAUGUGAACGUGGAUGA